GUUGCUAGAAUAUUACUUCCGGUACAAACAGCCACAUGUAAAAUGUCCAGGGGAAGUAGUGCUGGUUUUGAUCGCUUUAUUACUAUAUUCUCACCAGAAGGAAGACUCUAUCAAGUCGAGUAUGCUUUCAAAGCCAUUGCUCAAACUGGCUCAACAUCCAUUGGAGUAAAAGGAACCAAUUCAGCCGUAGUAAUAACACAAAAGAAAGUCCCCGACAAAUUAUUAGAUCCAGAUAGCAUUACUCAUUUAUUUAAAAUUACCGAUACUGUCGGCUGUGUCAUGACUGGAAUGACAGCUGACAGCAGAGCUCAAGUGAAGCGUGCUCGACACGAAGCAGCUGAAUUUAAGUAUCGCUAUGGCUACGACAUGCCUGUUGAUGCUGUUUGUAAAAGAAUGGCCGACAUUGCUCAGAUAUAUACUCAGAAUGCAUUCAUGAGACCAUAUGGUUGCAGUAUGAUAUUAAUUGGUAUAGAUGAAGAGAGAGGUAUACAGUUAUUUAAAACGGAUCCAGCUGGUUAUUAUUGUGGCUACAAGGCAACCAGUGUGGGGGCUAAACAAACUGAAGCUAAUAAUUACUUGGAGAAAAAAAUUAAAAAGAAUCCUUCAUGGGGCUAUCACGAAACAGUUGAGGUUGCUCUUCUCACUCUCUCCCAAGUUCUCUCGGCUGAUUUGAAGUCAAACGAAGUUGAGAUAGGAGUUGUGACUGAAGACAAUCCUGAAUUCAGGAUACUCACUGAGAAAGAAAUAGACGAGAGGCUUACUGCAUUGGCUGAACGUGACUAACUAAUGACAUAUAGAUAAUUAUUAUUAUCAUGAUUAUUAUUAUCAUUGUUGUUUUUGGCUUUCUGUCUGUGGUCUUGAUCCUACUGCCACUGAUAAUAAUAAACUUAA